AUGGACGACACAACGGUACCCCUUCAUUUGGAACCAAUGCAACAGAAUGAGGUUUGCGACAAGAGGCUAUGGAUUGGAAACUUGGACUCUAGAGUUAAUGAGUAUCAACUAUUGAAACUGGUCCGUGUAUAUGGGAACAUUGAAAAGUUUGACAUGCUGUUUCAUCGGAGUGGGCCUAAUGCCGGACAACCAAGGGGAUUUGCAUUUGUUACAUAUAAGCUAAGACAAGAUGCAGUAUUGGCGAUGAAUUCAUUGAACGGACAAUUGUUGGGUACUAAGAAGAUCUGUGUCAAAUUUGCCAAGACAGCAUCAGAAGAUGUAGAUAAAUCAAAACCAGAAUUAGGCAUUGCAGCUUUGGCAGGUGCAAAACCAGAGUUAAAGCUAAGCAAAAAAACUGCUAUUCAGUCUAUAGAGGCGAAACUUAAAAUGAUGGAGAAUAUGAAACCUGGUGAUGAUUUUGUAGUGAACAAGUUGGCUGCAAACGAGACCCCUGUCAUCACACAGUAUCAAACGAAGCAACAUCAACUUCCAAACAAAUCUAUUAGCUCCUUUAGAAGAAGACACCCUUAUCACAAAAAAAGAUAA